AGAGGCAGCCCCAGGCAGUGGCAAGUGCACAGGCCGCGGUGGCACAAGUCCUGGGUUCUGAUUCAAGUCUGUCCCUGGGAGACCCUGGGCAGGAGAGAAGUUUCUCCAGGCCUCGUUUGCUCCUCCUCCGGGGGAAGCGAGCAUGAUAAAUAAUACACCGUGCUCCAACUCCUCAGCUGAAACUUAGGCCUGGAUACGUUUGAAGUGGACAUUCUCUCUCACAAUGCCUGUCAUCGAUUGUUAAAAUCAGACUGUGAUUCCCGGAACCGGAAGCUUUAGGGAUCAUGUGGCCACGAAUGGCAGUUUACUCCAUGGCCAGCCACCCCGUGCUGCCUGGACGUGUCUGUACAUCCACAGUGUGCUUCUUUACACUGCAAGCUCCUGGAACGGUCUGGAAGCUGAAGAAGAGGCUAUUUCAAGCCAGGGAGCCCAGACAACACAGUGGCAGGCAGUGGCACUUCGGGGCAGAAGGAAAAGUGGCAACACCGCUGAUCUCAGAGCAGGCUUGAGACCCUGGAGCAGCCCCUGGAAAUAGAGGAAUUCUGAAACAAUUAAUGGCCAAAUAUUGGAAAACACCACGCACUCAAUUGGCCGACAGCUCCAGGGCCAGAGAGAAGCUACCACGGCAGUUUUGUGAAACCAGCCACCCCUGGAUUCAUUUUUAUCUUUCUCUGUUGACACAGCCUGGUUUCAGUUGCUCUGCCACAGACAAGCAAUUACUAAGAAUUAUUAUUGCUUGACAAUAACUAUAAUUACUGGAUGGAAAGGACAGCAGAAAUCGAAUUAUCAUAUGGACUGAUGCGGGAGCCGGUCAGCUGAACCCCGCCUCCCGUCCGUCCCCCGCGCUGACUCCGGGCGCAGGAGCCGCGCGGGGGGGAUCCUCGCGGCUGGAGGCUUGAGCGGAGCACCCAAGGGCAGGAACGCGGUCCAGCGACUCGGGAACCGAGAUGCAAAAUCCUCCUGCGCUCCUAGAGAGAACCCGGAAGCGGAGCGCAGUCCCGGAAGGCGAGGUGCUGACACACUUCCGGCCUUUGUGACUCAUUGUGUCUGUGUCGAGGCGUCGGGAGGGCCUAGGUCCGUGUGCAGCGCACUUCUGCCGGCCUGAGCCCCAGAGUCAGCUCCCUUUUCUCGCCCAGCGCCCCCAGGCCGCUCCCGGGGCUCACGGAACAGCACCGAAACAUUUCAGCAAAACAUCUCCUAAGCCAGGAAGGAGAGCCCCGACCCUGUUUGGAUCAGGUCUGCCCCCGAGCCUGAAUGAUGACUGCAGAGUCAAGGGAAGCCACAGGUCUGUCCCCUCAGGCUGCCCAGGAGAAGGAUGGGAUUGUAAUAGUGAAGGUAGAAGAGGAAGAUGAAGAAGACCACAUGUGGGGGCAGGAUUCCAGCCUGCAGGAGACGCCUCCGCCCGACCCAGAGAUUUUCCGCCAACGGUUCAGGCACUUCUGUUACCAGAACACAUUUGGGCCUCGAGAGGCUCUGAGUCGACUGAAGGAACUUUGUCAUCAGUGGCUACGACCGGAGAUCAACACCAAGGAGCAGAUCCUGGAGCUGCUGGUGCUGGAGCAGUUCCUUUCCAUCCUGCCCAAGGAGCUCCAAGUCUGGCUGCAGGAAUACCGUCCCGAUAGUGGGGAGGAGGCCGUGACCCUUCUGGAAGAUUUGGAGCUUGAUCUAUCAGGACAGCAGGUCCCAGGUCAAGUUCACGGACCUGAAAUGCUCGCAAGGGGGAUGGUGCCUUUGGAUCCAGUGCAGGAGUCCUCGAGCUUUGACCUUCAUCAUGAGGCCACCCAGUCCCAUUUCAAGCAUUCAUCUCGGAAACCUCGCCUCUUACAGUCACGCGCUCUCCCUGCCACCCAUGUUCCUGCCCCUCAUCACGAGGGGAGUCCCAGAGACCAGGCGAUGGCAUCUGCACUAUUCACGGCAGAUUCCCAGGCAAUGGUGAAGAUCGAGGACAUGGCCGUGUCCCUCAUCCUGGAGGAAUGGGGAUGUCAGAACCUGGCUCGGAGGAAUCUCAAUAGGGACAACAGGCAGGAGAAUUAUGGGAACGUGUUUUCCCAGGGUUGUGAAAACAGGAAUGAGAAUGAGGAGUCAACCUCAAAGGCUGAAAUCGCAGAAGACUCAGCGUCACGGGGGGAGACAACAGGAAGAUUCCAGAAAGAUUUUGGAGAAAAACGUGAACAGCAGGGCAGAACAGUAGAAAGGCAGCAGAGAAACCCUGAGGAAAAAACUGGAAGAGAAAAAAGAGAUUCGGGGCCAGCUACAGUCAAGGAAAAAAAACCCACCGCGGGAGAGAGAGGUCCAAGGGAGAAGGGUAAAGGUUUGGGAAGAAGCUUCAGUCUGAGUUCAAACUUUAACGCCCCUGAAGAAGCUCCAACGGGAGCAAAGUCCCACAGAUGUGAUGAAUGUGGGAAAUGCUUCACGAGGAGUUCAAGCCUUAUUCGCCAUAAAAUAAUCCACACUGGAGAGAAGCCCUAUGAAUGUAGUGAGUGUGGGAAAGCCUUCAGUCUUAACUCAAACCUGGUCCUGCAUCAGAGAAUCCACACAGGAGAGAAACCUCAUGAAUGUAACGAGUGUGGCAAAGCCUUCAGUCACAGUUCGAAUCUCAUUCUCCAUCAGCGGAUCCACUCUGGAGAGAAACCCUAUGAAUGUAACGAGUGUGGGAAGGCCUUCAGCCAGAGCUCAGACCUUACUAAACAUCAGAGGAUCCACACGGGGGAGAAACCCUAUGAAUGUAGUGAAUGCGGAAAAGCUUUCAACCGAAACUCAUACCUUAUUUUGCAUCGGAGGAUUCACACCCGAGAAAAGCCCUAUAAGUGCACUAAGUGCGGCAAGGCUUUCACCCGGAGCUCGACCCUCACUCUGCAUCACAGGAUCCACACAGGAGAGAGGCGGUACAUAUGUGCCGAGUGUGGAAAAGCCUUUAGUAAUAGCUCAAACCUCACCAAACACCGGCGAACACACACUGGGGAGAAACCGUAUGUGUGCACCAAAUGUGGGAAAGCUUUCAGCCACAGUUCAAACCUCACCCUUCAUUACAGAACACACUUGGUGGACCGGCCCUAUGACUGUAAGUGUGGGAAAGCCUUUGGUCAGAGCUCAGACCUCCUUAAACAUCAGCGAAUGCACACCGAAGAGGCGCCGUAUCAGUGUAAAGAUUGUGGAAAAGCUUUCAGUGGUAAAGGCAGCCUCAUCCGACACUAUCGGAUACACACUGGGGAGAAACCUUACCAGUGUAACGAGUGUGGGAAGAGCUUUAGUCAGCACGCAGGUCUUAGUUCUCACCAGAGGCUCCACACCGGAGAGAAGCCAUAUAAAUGUAAGGAGUGUGGGAAAGCCUUCAACCACAGCUCAAAUUUUAAUAAACACCAUAGAAUCCAUACUGGGGAGAAGCCCUACUGGUGUAAUCACUGUGGAAAAACCUUCUGUAGUAAGUCAAAUCUUUCUAAACAUCAGAGAGUCCACCCUGGAGAGGGAGAAGUGCUUUACAUGCGCCCUGAGGCCGAGGGACGCGGCGCUUCGCCCCGCCCGGCCAUCAGGGGGCGCAGCGGCGGGCGGGAGCGCCAGGGCCGGCGUUGGCGGCCGCCGCGCGGCCUAGGCCGGGAGUCAGCAGAGAACUUCCGUUCUUUGUUCUGUCCGGGUGUGUGGGUCUGUGACAGGGUCCAACGGGGCCUGGUCGGUGUCUGGCCCCCCAAAUCUCCCGUCCCUGCCCCCAGGUGCUUCCUCAUACUCAUUCAAAACCUGCUUCCUGCUGAGUCUGCAGAUAGUGGACCAGAGCUUCUAGCCCUACCCAUGGAAACUCAGGCUGAUUGCGUAUCUCAGGAACCUCAGGCCCUGCUUGAGAGUGCUCUUCCUUCCUCUACAGUUCCUGCCUUUUCCGACAAGGACAGCCUGGGCGAUGAGAUGUUGGCAGCCGCACUCCUAAAGGCCAAGUCCCAGGAGUUGGUAACGUUUGAGGAUGUAGCUGUGUACUUCAUCCGGAAGGAGUGGAAGCGUUUGGAGCCUGCUCAGAGGGACCUAUACAGGGAUGUGAUGCUGGAGAAUUAUGGGAAUGUGUUCUCACUGGAUGGUGAGACCAGAACUGAGCAUGAUCAAGAAAUUUCCGAAGGUACCGGAUCACAUGGGGUGCUAUUGGGAAGAUUCCAAAAGGAUAUUUCUCAGGGUCUUAAAUUUGAAGAAGCCUAUGAACAAGAAGUCAGUCUCAAGAGGCAACUGGGGAACUCCUCUGGAGAAAGAUUGAAUAGGAAGAUACAAGAUUUUGGUCAAGUGACAGAUGAGGAAAAGCUAACCCCCGUGGGAGAGAGAAGUGAGAAAUACAGUGAUUUUGGGAACAGCUUCACUGUGAGUUCUAACCUUAUUUCGCAUCAGAGACUUCCUGUGGGAGACAGACCCCAUAAGUGUGAUGAAUGUAGCAAGAGCUUUAAUCGAACUUCAGACCUUAUUCAACAUCAGAGAAUCCACACUGGGGAGAAACCCUAUGAAUGUAGUGAGUGUGGGAAGGCCUUCAGUCAGAGCUCACAUCUUAUUCAGCAUCAAAGAAUCCACACUGGAGAGAAACCUUACGAAUGUAACGAUUGUGGGAAGACCUUCAGUUGUAGCUCUGCCCUCAUUCUACAUCGGAGGAUCCACACAGGGGAGAAGCCCUAUGAAUGUAACGAAUGUGGGAAAACCUUUAGCUGGAGCUCCACCCUUACUCAUCACCAGAGAAUCCACACUGGAGAGAAACCGUACGCUUGUAAUGAAUGUGGGAAGGCCUUCAGCAGGAGCUCCACCCUUAUCCAUCACCAGAGAAUCCACACUGGAGAGAAGCCCUAUGAAUGUAAUGAGUGUGGGAAGGCCUUCAGCCAGAGCUCCCACCUCUAUCAGCACCAGAGAAUCCACACUGGAGAGAAGCCCUAUGAAUGUAUGGAAUGUGGAGGAAAGUUUACUUACAGCUCAGGCCUUAUUCAGCAUCAGAGAAUCCACACGGGGGAGAAUCCCUAUGAAUGUAGUGAGUGUGGGAAGGCCUUUAGGUAUAGCUCAGCUCUUGUUCGCCACCAGAGAAUUCACACUGGAGAGAAGCCUUUGAAUGUAAUGGGAAUGAGCAAAAGUUCUCUCAGAGUCACUGCUCAAUUAAAUAUCAGAGAGUCUACCUGAGAGAGCGCCACACACCUGUUUUCCUCACUUCCUCUGCGUCUAAAGAGUUCCUGCCUUACUAUAUAAGUAUGAACAUCUUAGAAUGUGUCCCUUCCAACUCAAACCUUUCACUUUAGAGAACGGGGCAAAUUGGGGAAAUCAUGCUGGCACAUCCUCGUGGUGAGCCACCAGGUCAGUUUCCCCAGGAAUCACACCAGGAGGCAAGCGGCAGGCUAAGUGCUGGGAAUACGAGGGAAGCUCUGGGACCAGUCACCUUCCAUUUUGGAAGUGAGUUUGCACUAGACCAUUUCUCUCACACCCGAGGAGCCUUUCUUUCCAAGGUGGGGAAUGGAAGCACAGUAGGAAUAAAAUUCCAAGGAUUCCUCCAGUUGGAGUCAGUAUGCUCAGCACAGAAGGCAGUGGAAAGGAUGUUUGGAGUCCUGCUCUUUGCUAAGAAGGGCACAUGGAGGCUCUCUUUCAAAGCCACUGUUCCUAACCCAGCUUUAAGUUUUGAUAAGGAAUGUGCUGUUUGUUGUUGUUGUUGUCAUUGUUCCAUGACUUCCUUAAUUAUGGAAAUUUGGGGCUGAGGGAUUAUUUUAUGGGGGGACCCCAUGUAUUUUGGGGGGCUCUUGGAGCCACAAGCCCGGUUCCAAGAGCAGCGAGGCAAUUUUGUUGGAGAACUUGUCCUUCCCUAUUGUGAUAGGUCUGAUUGGGAAAUCCAUCUGAUCAUCAGUAAGGCUCACAGGGAGAGGAUCAAAAGCAUUUAGCAUUGGCCUGCUUCCUAUCCUCUCUCCCUGUUCCUCUCCCCACUCCCGCGUGGAAAACUGAUUUAAUCCAAACCCGCCGUUGCUAAGAAUAGAAUGCUUUGAAGGAGCUCGAUCAGCCAGCUUGCCCUGCCCUCUGUCACCUAUGACCUAUGCCAUCUGGCUCCAGCGGCUGGACCUCUCAUGACCCCACCCUCUGACUUCAGCAGCCAAGUAUGAAUGCAAAGAAAGAGCAAAACCCAGAGAAGGGAGUCUCUGGCCUGACACGGCCGCUGGGCUCCUUGCUGGGUUAGGAUGGAGCUCGAGUUUUCCCAGCUGAAGGGAUGAUCUUUCGUUAUCUUUUCCCAAUCCUGCUCAUCCUGUAGCAUAAAUGAAGUGCACUAUUAAACAGAAUAGUUUUUUUUAGAAGGAGAGAUUGUGUUUUUGUGCAGGAGCCAAAUUUAUUUCAAUUAAAAUAGGAAACCAUGACUAUAACUGGAAUCUUUAAAAUUUAAUCUUUUAGAAUUUUUUUUUUUUUACAGACAACUGUUUCUCUUUCACACACAUACGACCUCUCACUGUCAAGACUCUGUCGCAUUCCUCUGGAUACCACCACAGACUCUCAGUCACGUACACGUCGGAUUUCGUGUGCGGCAUAUCAUUCUGUGUAGUACGAUACUUAAGACCAGCAACCCAAACUAGAAAGGUGUUCCUGGGUGUGGGGGCCCUGACAAGCGUGUACUUGGGUUUUGGGUCGCAGUGGGCAUAUGUAGAUUUCUUGUUCGGGCUCUUGGUGGGAGGAGGUUCCAGUCAUGGAGAAGGUGGAGAUGAAAGUCUUAUGGAGAAAAUGGGGAAAUGUCUGGAACUGGCCUCUGGAAAAUCUUAGAGCAUAUAUUGUGAUUGACCACCUAAUAUGUUUUUGAUUCUUAAAGCUAUAAUGAAACUCA